AUGUCGCUUCCCAAGAACCCCAUCACAGCAGAGCUCAUCGAGACUCUGAAAUCCCAGGUCAAGUCAUCUGAGAUCCUGAUACCGUCAUCCGCCGGAUAUGCAGAGGCCAUAGCACGUUGGUCCGAAGCAGCUGUUAAAUCCGCUGGCGCAGUUCUGCUUGCUGCUAAUGCUGAAGAUAUCAGCCAGGCCGUUCGACUUGCUCAGCAGAACAACGUCGAUCUAGCAGUGAGAGGAGGCGGACAUUCCGUGGCCGGAGCUAGCUCAUCUGAUGGCGGACUGGUCAUAGACUUGUCUCGUAUGCGAAAGGUUACAGUUGACGAAGAGCACAAGACGAUCACGGCCCAGGGUGGCUGUCUGUGGGCUGAUGUCGAUGAGGCUGGUGGCAAGCACGGUUUAGCUACCGUCGGAGGCACUGUGAAUCAUACAGGUGUUGGCGGCCUUACCCUCGGCGGAGGUUAUGGGUUGCUAACCCCCAAGUAUGGUCUGGUUGUCGACAAUCUGCUAUCCGCAACUAUGGUCCUUGCCGAUGGACGAAUUGUGAAAACGUCUGCUACUGAGGAACCAGACCUGUUCUGGGCAGUACGCGGUGCAGGCCACAAUUUCGGUGUUGCCGUUGAAUUCACAUAUCAGGCCUAUGACCAAGUAGACCAGGUUUUUGCUGGUAUCCUCGGCUUUCAGCCGGAGAAGCUGGAGGCCAUUAUUGGUGUCCUCAACGACGGACUUGACCACCCCGACGAGGACUCAACCGCCGUUUGCGUUCUCACAACGCAACCUACUAACGCCACCCCAAUGGUAUGCACUGUUCUCUUCCAUCGCGGGCCUGAGAAGAGCGGACGAGAGGCAUUCAAAGGUCUAUACUCUCUUGAUCCCAUCAUGGACCAUGUCAAGAUGAUUCCAUACCCCACCGUUAAUUCCCUAGCAAACCCAAUGGCAACCCAUGGAGGCAGGCGAAACAUCCAGGGCCUCUUUUUCUCCCACCCAAUGAGACCUGCCUUUGCACGAAGCGUCAUGGACAUGUACACGGAGAAAAUGGCGGCGGACCCAGGUAUGAUGGGCACGGCUGUACUGCUUGAAUUCUUCGAUAUGAGGAAAUGUGCCUCAGUACCGAUGGAAGCUACAGCAUGCUCUAACAGAGGAAUGACUCUUAACGGGAUAUUGUCGAGUAGAUGGUGCGACGAAGCAAGCGAUGCUGCCAACCGUCAAUGGGGUCGAGAUAUGCAACAGCUGUUUAUAAAAGAGAUGGAGCGAAAACCCGCUCAGUUGACUGACGAGGUGCCGAUGUAUAUCAACUAUUCCAGUCGUAAGUUCACCUCCCUUUCUUCUAGCUAA